UCUCUGGACUCCAGCUGCCAGCUUCCACACAAGGAAGGAUUUCAGUGCUUUGACCUGAAUCCUUUGUGCUCAGUCCCGUGCAUGGUGCCAAAUAGCAUAACCAACCGUAAGGUGAAAUCUGUUUACAGGUGGGAUGCUUGGCCUGUCGCGAUCUGAUGAGUUGGUUUUCUUUGUGAACGGGAGGAAGGUGAUAGAGAGAAAUGCGGACCCAGAAGUCAACCUGCUGACCUUCCUACGAAAGAACUUAGGCCUCACAGGAACCAAGUAUGCCUGCGGCAGAGGAGGCUGCGGCGCCUGUACCGUGAUGGUGUCUAAGUGCGACCCUGUGUCCAAGAAGAUAAGACACUUCUCUGUCGCCGCAUGCCUGGUGCCCAUCUGCUCUCUCUAUGGAGCUGCUGUCACCACUGUGGAAGGUGUGGGAAGCAUUAAAACCAAGCUUCACCCUGUGCAGGAGAGGAUUGCCAAGAGCCAUGGCACACAGUGUGGGUUCUGCACACCUGGGAUGGUGAUGUCCAUGUACACACUGCUCCGGAACCACCCGCAGCCCUCAGAGGAGCAGCUCAUGGAAGCCCUGGGAGGUAAUCUGUGCCGCUGCACUGGGUACCGGCCAAUUCUUGAGAGUGGGAAGACCUUCUGCGUGGAGUCGAAUGGCUGUCAGCAGAAGGGAGCAGGAGAGUGCUGCUUGGAUCAGGGAGAAAAUGAUUCCUCUUCGCUAGGCAGGAGCAGCGACAUUUCCACAGAGUUAUUUGCGAAAGAAGAGUUCCAGCCCUUGGACCCUACCCAGGAGCUCAUAUUCCCCCCAGAACUCCUGAGACUGGCAGAGAACCCAGAAGAAAGAACCCUGACCUUCCAUGGGGAAAGGGUUACCUGGAUCUCCCCUGGGGCCCUCAAGGAUCUCCUGGAGCUCAAAGUGAAGCACCCGGAAGCGCCUCUCGUCCUGGGCAACACCUCUCUGGGACCUUCAAUGAAAUCUCAAGGACAUGUUCACCCAAUUCUCCUCUCUCCUGUGAGGAUUUCAGAGCUGAGCAUGGUGUCUACAACUAGUGAGGGACUGACCAUCGGCGCCGGCUGCAGCCUGGCCCAGGUGAAGGACAUCUUGGCUGAGAGGGUGUCCGAGCUCCCAGAGGAGAAAACGCAGACCUACCGCGCCCUCCUGCAGCACCUGAGGAGCCUGGCGGGCCAGCAGGUCCGGAAUAUGGCGUCCUUAGGGGGACAUGUCAUCAGCCGGCACCGCUGUUCGGAUCUGAACCCAAUCCUGGCGGUGGGCAACGCUACCCUCAACCUGGUAUCCGCAGGAGGCGCCCGGCAGGUCCCGCUGGACGAACACUUUCUGGCCGGGUUGGCGGGUGCAGACCUCCAGCCAGAGGAGGUUCUGGAAUCCGUGCAUGUCCCUCACUCCCGAAAGGGGGAGGUGGUGGCGGCCUUCCGGCAGGCACAGUGCCCGCACAACGCCUGGGCCCACGCCAACGCGGGCAUGCGGGUCCUCCUCCAGGCGGGCACCGACACCAUCGAGGACCUGAGCAUCGCCUUCGGGGGGCUCGGGGCGGCCACCGUCAUCGCCCGCCGAUCCUGCCAGCAGCUCCGGGGAAGGCACUGGAACGAGCUGAUGCUGGACGAGGCCUGCCGGCUGCUCCUGGAGGAAGUCUCCCUCCCGGGCUCGGCCCCGGGGGGCCUGGUGGAGUUCAAGAGGACUCUGGUGGUCAGCUUCUUCUUCAAGUUCUACCUGGCAGUGCUGCGGACACUGAAGCUGCCGGCAGAGCGGCCCUCUGCGCCUGACGGCCUUCAAUAUCCUGAAGUCUCAGAGCCCUUCCUAAGUGCGCUGGAAGACUUCUCGGUCACAGUGCCCCAGGGAGUCCAACAGUACCAGAGUGUGGAUUCUCGCCAACCCCUCCAAGACCCAGUGGGACGUCCCAUUAUGCACCUAUCAGGUCUCAAACAUGCCACAGGUGAAGCCAUAUUUUGUGAUGACCUCCCCAAGGUGGAAAAAGAACUUUUCAUGGCCUUGGUGACCAGUACCAGAGCCCAUGCAAAAAUUAUAUCAAUUGAUUUGUCCAAGGCCCUUGAACUACCUGGGGUGGUUGAUGUGAUAACAGCUGAAGACAUUCCAGGCACCAAUGGUACUGAAGAUGAGAAAUUGUUGGCUGUCGAUGAGGUACUUUGUGUGGGUCAAAUCAUCUGUGCUGUGGCUGCAGAGACAGAUGUGCAGGCGAAACAUGCGAUUGAAGAGAUAAAGAUCACCUAUGAAGAUCUGGAGCCCGUAAUCUUCACCAUCGAAGAUGCCAUAAAACACAACUCAUUCCUAUGCCCUGAAAAGAAACUUGAACAAGGAAACAUUGAGGAGGCAUUUGAAAAAGUUGAUCACAUUAUUGAAGGAGAGGUCCAUGUUGGAGGACAGGAACACUUUUACAUGGAAACACAAAGAGUGCUUGUUAUUCCAAAGACAGAGGACAGCGAACUGGACAUUUAUGUGUCAACACAGGAUCCAACCCACGUGCAGAAAACAGUGUCUUCUACUUUAAACAUCCCAAUCAACAGGAUCACCUGUCAUGUAAAACGAGUGGGUGGAGGUUUUGGCGGGAAAGUAGGAAAAUCAGCUGUGUUCGGAGCUAUUGCAGCUGUGGGUGCCAUCAAAACUGGUCACCCUGUCCGUCUUGUUCUUGAUCGUGAAGAUGAUAUGUUAAUAACUGGGGGAAGACACCCAUUAUUUGGAAAAUAUAAAGUGGGAUUCAUGAACAACGGGCGGAUCAAAGCUCUGGACAUUGAGUGCUUCAUUAACGGAGGCUGCACACUGGACGAUUCGGAGCAGGUAACAGAAUUCCUCGUACUGAAGCUGGAAAAUGCGUAUAAAAUCCGCAACCUCAGGUUCCGGGGCCGUGCCUGUAUGACCAACUUACCAUCCAACACGGCCUUUCGCGGGUAUGGCUUCCCACAAGGAACCCUGGUGACAGAAUCUUGUAUCACAGCUGUGGCAGCCAAAUGUGGCCUUCUGCCAGAAAAGGUUAGGAAGAAAAACAUGUACAAGACUGUGGAUAAAACCAUCUACAAACAAGCCUUCAGCCCCGAGAGCCUGAUACGAUGUUGGAACGAAUGUCUGGACAAGUCUUCCUUUGGCAGCAGAAGAGAGCAAGUGGAAGUGUUUAAUAAGAAGAAUUACUGGAAGAAGAAAGGACUUGCCAUUGUCCCCAUGAAGUUCUCAGUCGGCUUUGGUGACACUAGCUACCACCAGGCAGCAGCACUGGUUCACAUCUACACAGACGGGUCUGUGUUGGUCACACACGGAGGCAACGAGCUGGGACAAGGUAUUCACACCAAAAUGCUACAGGUGGCCAGCCGUGAAUUAAAAAUACCCAUGUCCUAUCUGCACAUCUGUGAGACAAGUACAGCCACGGUGCCUAACACAAUUGCCACAGCUGCCUCCAUCGGCUCCGAUGUCAAUGGCAGAGCCGUGCAGAAUGCUUGUCAGAUCCUUCUGAAACGCCUUGAGCCCGUCAUUCAGAAAAAUCCAGAAGGUUCCUGGGAAGACUGGAUAGAAACUGCUUUUGAACAAAGAAUCAGUCUUUCAGCCACGGGAUACUACAGGGGCUACAAAGCCUUCAUGGACUGGGAGAAGGGGGAGGGAGACCCGUUUCCUUACUAUGUCUUUGGAGCAGCCUGCUCGGAGGUGGAAAUCGACUGUCUGACAGGAGCUCACAAGAAAAUCAGAACAGACAUCGUCAUGGAUACGUCUUGUAGCCUAAACCCAGCCAUUGAUAUCGGGCAGGUGGAAGGGGCGUUCAUUCAGGGCAUGGGACUGUACACCACCGAGGAGCUGAAAUACUCUCCAGAAGGCAUCCUGUACUCUCGAGGCCCUGACGAGUACAAAAUCCCAGCCAUCACCGACGUCCCGGAGGAGUUCAAUGUCUCCUUGUUGCCGGCAUCCCAAUCCCCACUGACCAUCUAUUCUUCCAAGGGCCUGGGGGAGUCCGGAAUGUUCCUGGGGUCGUCUGUGUUCUUUGCCAUCACUGAUGCUGUGGCCGCCGCCCGCAGAGAGAGAGACGUAGCUGACGACUUCACAGUGAGGAGCCCAGCAACCCCUGAGUGGGUCCGGAUGGCCUGUGCAGACCAGUUCACGGAGAUGAUCCCAAGAGAUGACCCUAAGACAUUUAGACCUUGGUCUAUCCCUAUAGCAUAAGACGGCUGUCAUUUCUCUAAAAGGUGUUUCAAUGUUCUCCAAGUGAAAAGAUGGCUUGUGAAUCCUAACUGGACUCUACACUGAUAUUCUUAUACUGAUGUGAAGAAGAAAAAAAUGACACAAAACUUAGAAACAUUAUUCAAGUCUGAUUGCCUUAACAAGAUGAAUCAUUAUUUACAAAUCAUUAAUGUAGACUUUCUAGCCUACAGGCCACCAGACCAGACCACCACUGCCAUAGUCAUAGCAACCAAGUUUAAUUCUAAGUUGUUUCUGACACUAUCAUGUCACUAUUGCUAUAAAAGCGAAUUUUUCCUUUGUAUCCAUCCAGGAUAAUUGGACUGUAAUAUAGGCUAUAGUUCUAGAAUGAAAGACACUUCUCGGUAGAUAAGCAUGUGAUUACUUUUCCCGGGGAUAUGUUUGAUUCAGUGGCCACAGUAGGGACACCACAGAGUUCUACAAGGUUUGAUUUUAUUUUGCUUUUACUGUGGAUUAGCUAUGGGUCCAUGUAUGUGCAUCUGACAACAAAGCAGUUGUGUUUUCCUCAUUGUCGAUGAGCUAUUCAACUGCUUGAUAUUCUUUUGGAAUUUGGAGGGCAAAAGCAUGGUAAAAAUCAUUUUUAAUGUAGUAUCAUAAAAUCCUUUUACUUCUUAAAUCUGUUUAU